AUGAUGAGUCAAGAUCAUGAGGUUGGGAGUGAUCAGACGCAAAUCAUAAAAGGGAAGCGUACGAAGCGGCAGAGAUCGUCGUCGACGUUUGUGAUGGCGGCGACGACCACGAUCACUUCAACUAGUUCAUCUGCCGGCGGUGGCGGCGGCGGCGGCGGAGGAAGAGAAGUUUCCGACGAAUACAACUCUGCCGUUUCAUCUCCGAUAACCACAACUGAUUGCACGGAAGAAGAGGAAGACAUGGCGAUUUGUCUCAUCAUGUUGGCGCGUGGGACAGUUCCAUCGGCGGAUCUCAAGAAUUUGAGAAAAUCUGAGAAAUUUCUUCAUCAGAAGAUUUCAUCGACUGAAAACUCGAGUUUCUACGUUUACGAGUGUAAAACAUGUAACCGGACGUUCCCGUCAUUCCAAGCGCUCGGUGGACACAGGGCCAGCCACAAGAAGCCCAGGACGUCUAUCGACGAGAAGACUAAAUUACCCUUGUUACAGUUAAAGUCCAGUGCAUCAGAAGAAGGACAAAACAGUCAUUUUAAAGUUUCCGGCUCAACCCUAGCUUCACAGGCAAGUAACAUAAUCAACAAGGCAAACAAAGUGCACGAGUGUUCAAUCUGCGGUUCUGAGUUCAGUUCCGGACAAGCACUUGGCGGCCACAUGAGGCGACACAGGACAGCCCCCACCGCAGUUAGCCUGGCCACAGCCACGGAAGUAAGCAGAAACAGUACAGAGGAAGAUAUUGGGAAUCUGAGCCGAUCGAUGGAGCAGAGGAAAUAUCUACCGUUGGAUCUUAAUCUACCAGCACCGGAAGAUGAUCUAAGAGAGUCAAAGUUUCAAGGGAUAGUGUUUUCAGCCACACCAGCCUUGAUAGACUGCCAUUACUAG